AUGUUGUUGUCGACCUCAACCUCAUGCACUUUGGUGUCUUUGAGCCUCACUGCGCAAGUUAUGGCUCUUUGUGAACGCACUACACUCCAAGACAUUGCAUCUACAUAUCUGCGCGCCCAAGCCUCCGGAAGCCCAAAUCUACUACCGCAUACAGCCAACAUGACCUACACAGAGAACGACGUCGCCCUCAACGCUAGCAAGGGAAUCUUAACUCAAUCCAUCAUUAUCGAUCUCAGCCGCAGUCUCCUAGACACAACCACCUGUUCCAUCUUCACCGAAAUCACAUCCGCCACCAACCCACACCCCUACGUCAUCGACACCCUUCUUCGCAUCUCCCCCACCACCCCCGCCACCGUAACCUCCCUACAAUCCGUCAUCGCAGACACGGGCGAUUGGAUCUUCAACGCGACUUCGCACCUCCACUGGUCCCAAUCAGAAUCCUGGGGCCCAAUCCCCCCUUCCAACCGCGACUCCCGUACCACUAUCCGCGCAGCAGCAGACGCCUACCUCGAUAGCUGGGCCAACGGCUCCGUCCCCGUUCCCUACGGCACACCCUGCGCCCGGCUCGAAGGCGGCGCGUACACGGGCGAACGCAAUGCAACGGGGAACACGUGCUACAUGCCCGAGUUUCCAAAGCCGUUCAAGGGGGUCGGAAAUCGACGCUAUGUGAUUGAUGAGGAGGUGGGCGCCGUCGGCAUCCUCAAUGAUUUUCCGUUUAUCGAUGCGACGAGGCCCGAGGGGACGCCGAGUUGUAAUCUGGUACGGGUGGAGGCGGGCAUGAUUAGGUAUAUUCAUGAGACUACGGUUUGUGCGACUAGGGGGUGUGGGAGGUAG